AAAAGUCAACGAACGCAGUGAGGACGGAAAAAUAAAAAUCACCACAGCCUGGACUUUAAACCUUGGGUCAAGCCAGUUUCGAGUUUCUUUUUCUCGAGACAAUUUGCACGUAUGGAUUAAUGGUAAAGCUGUUGAAACAACGAGUUAUAUUACAGACAAGGGGUAUGAUGUGGACCUGUUUUUCUCACUUGAGGGUAUGGAAGGACAUAUAUACAGUGAUGUUGAGGGUAAUGAAAUGAUGAAUUAUUUGUUGUUAGAUGGAGACAUCAAAGGCACUGAUUACCAAUCCGAAGAAGGAAAAUGACAAUGGACGUUCAGAAACAUAUAAAACAGUUAUAUUGUAGUAUCAUAUUGUAACACAAUACGCUAAAGUCAAACAUACAUGAUUUGCAUAAAACAAUUGUUAUUUAAAUAAGAAUGUAGAAAAAUCUCAAUAAAUGAAAUGACUGUUGACAAUUAGAAUAGACAUGGUAAAAAUUCUCAAUCUGCGACAAAUAGUUAAAGUUAAAUAACGCAGAGUGGUAGGUUCUGAUCCAGAAAAACAUGAACACGAUUGUCAGUGUUUUGAAAAAUAUUUUUUCAUAAAACACAAAUAACUAGAACUAAUUUAUACCUCUAUAAUGUUACUUAGCUGCUUAUUACUGUAAUACUCCAGGUCAAAACUAACGGUAUGCAUUGCAACAACGUCUUUCAAAAUCUGGUAAAGUUAAAUACAAUACAUGUACUAAUUGUCUUCUUUACACGAUUUAUUUAUGUUAAGGAGUAUCUCAACUUACUCAAACAACUUGUAUUGUCUUAGCAAAAUCAGAACAUACAUGUAUAAAUAUGUUUCGAUGUCAUUGAAUUUUUGCAUUGCUUUUCAUGAAUUUAAAAACAUGGUUGAUAUAAUGGUAGGACAAUUCUGAUCAUCUACGAAGGAAACACAACUUGAAUUAAUAAACUUUCUUUAACACUUAAGUAGAUAGUUGAAAGAAAGAAAAUGAACGAUAACAUUUUAAUGCUAAAAUACGUGUGAUUGCUAUAUUAUUUUAACUGAACAAUUUCCACAUCGGAAUAAUUCAUUAAUGUCUUUUGUUUUGACGCGAUAAAGAAGUUAAAUGUUGUCUUAGUAUGUAUUUAAUUGCAUUGUGAUAGAUUUGUGAAAUAAACUUAUAUAUAAAUGUA